AUGCUGGAAGCUGGGGCCUCACCAGUGCGACCCGUGUCUCCAGUCAGCUCGACCUCCACGGAGGAGGUCACGGCGGGGCACGACAUCUCCACAAUCAACCGCACUUUGGACGUUUCUUCCAUCCAGGAUGACUGCCACUUGAUGGAAUGUGGCUCCAAGCACUGGAUCCGCGUGACCCAGUUGGACCCAACCACGACAAGUAAAUCUCUCGAGUACAUGUUUUAUCCGUAUGGGGGCGAUGAAGCCUUCGUCUUGUGGGACAAUGGGGUUGUGGGCUACGUCGGGUUUGAGAAUAAGUACAUGGCCGACCUUGGAGUGGAGAAGAUGGAUGCCUUUAUCCCGUGUCGCCAGACGCACGCCCUGCGCGUUACCCGUGUGUCACUGGAGGAGGUCUUGCUCGCCAAGAAUGCGGUGUGUUUUCCAUGUCAAAAGGGGCUCACGCCGCUGCUCUACUCCGACUGUCCCGUGCAUUUUAUUGCCAAGUACAUUGAGUUGCACCGACAGCCGUGCUACUGCGCUGCGGAGUUGGUGGAGGAAGUCACGCGAGCCACUCGGACUGUUUUCGCACGUAUUUUGGGUGCAUUGACAGAGUUAAAGCCAAUUUGGAUUUCCCUAGAGGAGUUUCGCGACACCCUCGCAAGACAGCUUUUGUGCACUAUUGCGAAGGAGGGCUCCGCGGACGUCGGGGCAAAUUGUGGCGCCCUACUGGGCGAGUUGCAUGUUAUGGGGCUACUGACAGGGGACCCGUUCCUCUUGGCCUCGGGCCUUCUCCAGCGUGGCGUGCGGUGCAGCACCAAGGUUGACAACGUCUGCGGCAUCGCUCACGCCUGUGCUUCCAUGCCGUUUUCCAUCUCCAGGGCAUCCUUCUGGGCCCUCGUGGGGCAGAUGUCACUGGAGGUAGACGAGCACCUCCGCACCGUCCUUCGUGGUCACCUGCGGCAGUUUAAGCAGAGAAUGGAGUUGUUUUCUCCGAUUACGUCCGCUGCCCCAAAAACUACCUGGUCGCUCACCAAGGAGCAUAAUAACAGUUCCAAUGAUGCGUCACGUCUCUUGUCCGAGUCGAAGUCGCGCACGUUGUACAUAUCCCAUCUCCCUCCGCUGCUCCCUCAGCAGACCCUCAUGGAGUUGCUGUCGGCGUGCGGUGUGGUGAACAAGGUCCGCAUAUGCCGCGGUAGCGGGUAUACGACCCUUUUUGCCUUUGUUGAGAUGGCAACUGCAGAGGAGGCCCGUGCCGCCAUGCGCCUUAACCGGACGAGUCUCCUUGGCUGCAACAUUCGUGUGCAGAUUGCACGCAACCCGAUUCAAGAUACCCAGGCAGAGGACGGCGUCAUCGAUGCCGACGGCGCCUCGAAGCGCGACUGCCUUUUCAGCCAGCACGGAGGUUCCCUGGCUAUUGCCGUAGAGGCCGGUGGGAAAUGUGCUAGUGCUUGA